AUGAUAAAUUAGCUUCUAUAAUUUGGAUUAUUUAAAAGGCCUAAAAGUGAUCAUGGAAAAAUAAAUAGAUGCACCACAAUAGAUGUUACUCCGAUUGACUUAUAAUUGUUUUAAAAUAAUUUACUUUUUCUUGCUGACAAUGGGAUUUAUGAUGAAAAAUAGUCGCUUCUAUAUUCCUAAAAUAAUAGCUAUGCAAUGUUUGCAAAUGAAAAUUAUUUAUAUCUAGCACAUGACAAUAACAUUGAUAUCUUAAGCAAUUGGAAUAUUAUAAAAACCAUUUUGCUGCCUAAAGGAUUGAUCAUUUAUGAUUUUAUAGUAGUUCAUAACAAUGUUUACAUUACUAUAGAUUAUUAAGUUUCUGAUUUACUCGGCUUUUAUUUUUAGUCUAAGAGUUUUUCAUUAUUAAAAUGUGAUUUUGAAGGGAAUUGUGAAUUUGUGUAUGAGAUAAGUGGUGUUCAUUUAAGUGGAAUUGAAUGGUUUAAUGAUAAAAUUUAUAUUGCAGAUACAUUUUCAAAAACACUAAAUGUUUAUGAUAUGAACUAUAAUUAACUUUAAACUUUUCAGUUGGAAGAUGGGCCCAAAAGAAUAAUAAGAAUAGUAGAUAAAUUAUAUUUUACAGCAAUUCCAAAACUACUUGAGUUGCUAACACUACCAAAAUUCACUAGUUUAUAUUAAUAUGAUGAUAUAGAAGAAUUAUAAAAAUUAGUAACUUUUGAAAAUUUUUAUUAUGUUGGGGUGCAUUACAAAGAAGAAAUAAUAAUGGGUAAUCGCAUUUGUUUUUGA